UCGCUGUGAGCGACCAGUGGCGUCGGGGUUUGGCCCCGGCCUUGCGUGACUUGUAAGUUUUUGUUGUGGCCAUCAGCCGUCAUUAUUUGCUGAAAACAUGGAGGAGAUGAGUGUCACCGUUUCCGAAAAAGAGGAAUUUAAUACCGAUUUUAAACCAACGCCUCUGACAACCCUGACCUCUUAUGAUGAUUUGGACAACGAGGAUCUUUACACGAAAUAUAAGAAGCUGCAAAUGCAACUUGAAUUCCUUGCUGUCCAAGAGGAAUAUAUUAAAGAUGAGCAGAGGAAUUUGAAGAAUGAAUACCUGCACGCCCAGGAGGAAGUCAAGCGCAUCCAGAGUGUGCCCCUGGUCAUUGGUCAGUUCCUGGAGGCAGUUGACCAGAACACUGGCAUUGUAGGAAGUACUACGGGCUCGAAUUACUAUGUAAGAAUUUUGUCCACCAUCGACCGAGAGUUGCUGAAGCCCUCAGCCAGCGUUGCUCUGCACAAACACAGCAAUGCACUCGUGGAUGUACUUCCUCCUGAGGCUGAUUCCUCCAUUUCCAUGCUUCAAGCAGAUGAAAAGCCAGACAUCCAAUACGCAGACAUCGGAGGCAUGGACAUGCAGAAGCAGGAAAUUAGGGAGGCUGUGGAGUUGCCCUUGACUCACUUUGAGCUCUACAAGCAGAUCGGCAUCGACCCUCCGAGAGGAGUUCUGAUGUACGGCCCCCCUGGCUGCGGCAAGACUAUGCUGGCCAAGGCAGUCGCCCACCACACGACAGCUGCUUUCAUCCGAGUGGUUGGCUCCGAGUUUGUGCAGAAAUACUUGGGUGAAGGACCUCGCAUGGUCCGCGACGUCUUCAGGUUGGCAAAGGAAAACUCGCCCGCGAUCAUCUUCAUUGAUGAAAUUGACGCGAUCGCAACCAAGAGGUUUGACGCCCAGACCGGCGCCGACAGAGAGGUGCAGCGAAUUUUGCUGGAACUGCUCAACCAAAUGGACGGCUUCGACCAGACCACCAACGUCAAGGUCAUCAUGGCAACUAACCGAGCCGACACCCUCGACCCUGCUCUUCUCCGCCCUGGUAGGCUGGACAGGAAAAUCGAGUUCCCCCUUCCCGACAGACGGCAGAAGCGUCUAAUUUUCUCCACCAUUACGAGCAAGAUGAACCUGAGUGAUGAAGUAGACCUUGAAGACUAUGUGGCGCGACCUGAUCACAUCUCAGGCGCUGAUAUCAAUGCUAUUUGCCAAGAGGCUGGCAUGCAUGCUGUCCGAGAAAAUCGAUAUAUUGUUCUGCCUAAAGAUUUUGAAAAGGGCUACAAGAAUAACAUCAAGAAGGAUGAGUCUGAGCAUGAGUUCUACAAAUAAGUUUUUUCCCGCAAGUAUUUGUCCUAAUAAAUCUAAAAAUUGCUUUGGUUAAA